AUGCAGUACAAUCAGUGCUUGUCGCUGUGCUUGGUGGUGCUUGUUCUGGGACAAGCAUCCACCUUGCCUCAGCAUCCGCAGUAUCAGCAGCAGGUUCAACAACAGGUCAGAGAGGAUAGAAAAUUCGCCGAGAAGCCGAAUGCCAUGAAGAAAGUGGCCCUCGACGAUUUGGACGACAUCAGCACCAAUCAGAUUCAGGAAGGCAGCAGCAGCGGGUUUUCCUGGUCGAACUUGUUGAGCAUGGUGAUGCAAAUGUUGCUGGGACAAACGGGCGGCAUCGCUGGUCCGAGCAAGAACGACAUAGACGAUGGAGCACCGGCCAGCCCUUGGGCAAAUUUGCUCUCGGUUGGCCUCAGGUUGCUCACUGCUCUGCUGGGUGGUCCUCAACAGCCUGCUGACGGUAUAGACAAGGUUGACAAUCAGAGCAGUACGAUGCAGGAUAUUUUGGCUGCGAUGCUGGGCGCGUUUCUAGGACGAGACAGAGACCCUAAUCAGAUUUAUUCGAUGGCUAAAAACGCUUCCGAGUUCAUUAACAUAGUGGUGAAUCUUUUGGAUGCGCUAAAAACAUCGUUCUCCCAUCGUUCGUUGGCUGCCAGAUCCAUGGGAAAACGAGACACAAUCUCCGAAGCUGCCGUCACUACACUCACCAUGCUGAAGGGUUAUGUGAGGUCGUUGAAAUCUUUCAAUAACGUUGGACGCGCUGAGGACGAAGGUCAACGAGGUUGCGCUGAGAGAGCUCUUUGCGAGGCAAGCGCCGAGUGUGUCGCUAAAGCUCAAGGCACGUCGUCCGUUUUCUGUCAAUUUGGAUCCUACGCGACCAGCUAUCUGCUCCAGAGGCAGAGCGGUGUAGGCUUCGACGCACUCUACGACGCGAGUCGACGCGGUCGCAGCGGAGAGGAUUGCAGGACCGUUUUCAUGAAUUGCAACGCCGUAUGA